CCCCGAUACAAGUGCUUUCUUCGAGUCGCUCGUUGAUGACUCGUUUUGUUUUCGUUCGUUCUCUUUGUUUGAUUCCUUGAGUGGGCUUUUGCGCGGGGGGCUGCGCUUUCUCAAGAAGCAAAGCAAGCAGAACGACGGGACAAGAAGAAGAAGAAGUAGAGGAGGAGCGUCGGGGAAUGUCCCAACCCACAGGGCAAUGUGGUGAGGUGACUGAUGGCUUCCCAGCCAGAGCUGUUCACGUGAGAGGGGGAAUCAUUGAAGAAAAGAUCAAGACACUGGGAGGGGAGCAAAGAGUUUCACACAGAGCAUGGCCUCCAUCAAAGAGGAGGGCAUGGAUGAAAGAUGCAUUAAACAAGAGGACUGUGAAUGGGAUGCACCGGAAGACUUUUGCGUGACGGCGGAGCAGUGGGAAGGAAGAAUGUCCAUUUGUAAAGAGGAGGAGUGCAAGGAGGAGAUUAAAGGCGAGGAUUCCAAAGGUUUCAUGCAUGAAACUGGGAGGGCUUUCAAGCAAGAGAUCGGUGAGAAACCUCAUUCCCAUUUACCCCCCUGGCUCGCUAAUACGGGACAACUGGCUGCCGAGGAGGAUUCUGCGGAAGUGAAAUCUGAGAUGUCAGACUUGGAGGAGAAAAGCGCGGAAGGAAACGGGAGGGAAACAGGAGAGCAGAGGUCAUCUAAGAGUGCUGGAAGAAAUUUCCAGGAGAAUUACAGCUUCUCUCCAUCAUCAUCUGAACAGCCCUCUCUUCAAGGUGGACUACAGCAGAAACUGGACACUGAGAAGAUGGAGAAAUCUACAAGAGGAUCAGAGAACUGGACCCCAGCCCCUUUGCAGUGCAGUUCUCUUCAUGCUGCCAAAAUGACAAAGGUAGAGGCCAAUAACACCAAUCAACAACGAGUGCAUAAGUACAUCAGAAACCAGACUGCCGGUAAACCUCACUGCUGUUCAGAAUGUGGCAAGCAGUUCUCAUAUGUACACAGUCUUCGGGUCCACACAAGAAUCCACACUGGAGAAAAACCGUAUUGUUGUUCUGAGUGUGGGAAAAAAUUCUUAAAGAUGUACCACCUUAAAUGCCAUAUAAGAAUUCAUACUGGAGAGAAACCUUAUUGUUGUUAUGAGUGUGGCAAACGAUUCUUACAGGACAGCCAACUUCAGACCCACACCAGGAUUCACACUGGAGAGAAACCUCACGGUUGUUUGGAGUGUGGCAAACGAUUCUCACACAGCAGCACUCUGCAUAAGCAUACAAGAAUUCAUACAGGAGAGAAACCUCACUGCUGUUUUGAAUGUGGAAAACGAUUCUCCGAUGUGUACAGUCUUCAAUGCCACAUCAGAAUCCAUACUGGGGAGAAGCCUUAUCAUUGUCCUGAAUGUGGUAAACGAUUCUCAAACAACAGUGGACUUCGAAAUCAUAAAAAUAUUCACACUGGUGAGAAACCCCAUUGCUGUACUGAAUGUGGUAAGGGUUUCUCAAACAGCAGCAACCUCAAUAAGCACAUGAGAAUUCACACCGGGCAGAAGCCUUAUUGUUGUACUGAGUGUGAUAAACGAUUCUCAGACCGAACUGGACUUCACAGCCAUAAUAGAAUCCAUAUGGGCGAGAAAACUCUUAACUGUUGUGAAUGUGGCAAGCGUUUCUCAGACAGCAGCAGUCUUAAUAGGCACAUGAGAAAUCACACGGGGUUGAUUGGGAAAAACACAAAAUCUGGAGUAAAACCUCUUAAGUGGUGCCAGUGAUGCCGGCUGGAAUUAACAGGAGUCAUUGAAAGAAAUGUUUGUGCCUAUCCUGGCAUCUUGUUAAUGACUGCCACAAUACCACGAAAUGUCGUUCGCUGGUGGAAUGAGUUGUCCAGCGUCAUUUGAAAAAUCGGUCUCCAUCAAUGUGUUUGAAGACUCGGCUGGUGACUUUCUGGCUGUUAGGUUUUCUAUCAAUCAAUUCAGUAAACCUUGCCCUGUCACCAUUGUUCUUAAACAGUUUCCCAGGCAGAUGUGUAUUCGAUUAUAUUGGCCUUUUGUUUUUUUUUUUAUUUGUAAGUCACUUUGGAUAAAAAAAGUCUGCUCUGCAAAUAAAUGUGA